GCAAUUUAUUCUCCUCAGGGGCUGGCUCUGCUCAGGACCUGCUAGGGACCUCGGGCAUCAUGGAUCCCCCGCAGCUGCUCUUCUUCGUGAAUGGCCGGAAGGUGGUAGAAAAACAUGUGGAUCCCGAAAUGAUGCUGCUACCAUACCUGAGGAAGAACCUCCGACUCACAGGCACUAAGUACGGCUGUGGAGGAGGAGGCUGUGGGGCCUGCACAGUGAUGGUGUCACGAUACAACCCCAGCACCAAGACGAUCAGGCAUCAUCCAGUCAAUGCCUGUCUGACCCCCAUCUGCUCCCUGCACGGUGCGGCCGUCACCACGGUGGAAGGCAUAGGCAGCAGCACCACCAGACUUCAUCCUGUCCAGGAGAGGAUUGCCAAGUGUCAUGGCACCCAGUGUGGAUUCUGUACCCCUGGGAUGGUGAUGUCCAUGUACACACUGCUCAGGAACCAUCCAGAGCCCACUCUGGACCAGCUCACAGAUGCCCUUGGUGGAAAUCUGUGCCGCUGCACUGGAUACAGGCCCAUCAUCGAUGCAUGCAAGACUUUCUGUAAAGCUUCUGGCUGCUGUCAAAGUAAAGAAAAUGGGGUGUGCUGUUUGGAUCGAGGAAUAAAUGGAUUGGCAGAAUUUCAGGAAGGUGAUGAGACAAGUCCAGACCUCUUCUCAGAAGAGGAGUUCCUGCCACUGGACCCAACCCAGGAGUUGAUUUUCCCUCCAGAGCUAAUGACGAUGGCUGAGAAACAGCCACCAAAGACCAGAGUGUUUUGUGGCGAUCGAUUGACAUGGAUUUCCCCAGUGACUCUGAAGGAACUUGUGGAAGCUAAAUUCAAGUAUCCCCAGGCCCCCAUUGUCAUGGGGAACACCUCUGUGGGACCUGAAGUAAAGUUUAAAGGUGUCUUCCACCCCGUCAUCAUUUCUCCCGACAGAAUUGAAGAGCUGUGUGUUGUAAGCCAGGCCUGUGAUGGGCUGACCCUCGGUGCUGGCCUCAGCCUGGAUCAGGUGAAGGAUAUUCUGGCUGAUGUGGUCCGGAAGCUCCCAGAAGAGAAGACACAGACAUACCGUGCCCUCCUGAAGCACCUCAGAACUCUGGCUGGGUCCCAGAUCAGGAACAUGGCUUCUUUAGGGGGCCACAUCGUGAGCAGACAUCUGGACUCGGAUCUGAAUCCCCUCCUGGCUGUGGGUAACUGUACCCUCAACUUGCUGUCCAAAGAUGGAAAACGACAGAUCCCUUUAAGCGAGCAGUUUCUCCGCAAGUGCCCUGAUGCCGAUCUUAAACCUCAGGAAGUCUUGGUCUCAGUGAACAUCCCAUGUUCCAGGAAGUGGGAGUUCGUGUCAGGCUUCCGACAAGCCCAGCGCCAACAGAAUGCCCUAGCGAUCGUCAAUUCUGGGAUGAGAGUCCUUUUUAGAGAAGGCGGUGACGUCAUUAAAGAGCUAUCCAUUUUGUAUGGCGGGGUGGGUCCAACCACCAUCAGUGCUAAGAACUCCUGCCGGAAACUCAUCGGAAGACCCUGGAAUGAAGAGAUGCUGGAUACAGCGUGCAGGCUGGUUUUGAAUGAAGUCACCCUUCCAGGGUCCGCUCCUGGUGGGAAGGUGGAGUUCAAAAGGACCCUCAUUAUCAGCUUCCUCUUCAAGUUCUACCUGGAGGUGUCACAGAGUUUGAAGAGGCUGGACCCAGGUCACUAUCCUAGCCUGGCAGAAACGUAUGAGAGUGCUUUAGAAGACCUUCAUUUGAAACAUCAUUGGAGAACAUUAACCCACCAGUCUGUAGACCCGAAGCAGCUUCCUCAAGACCCAAUUGGGCGUCCCAUCAUGCACCUUUCUGGUAUUAAGCAUGCCACUGGUGAGGCCAUCUACUGUGACGACAUGCCUGCAGUAGACCGGGAGCUCUUCCUGGCUUUUGUAACCAGUUCAAGAGCACACGCUAAGAUCAUGUCCGUGGACCUGUCAGAAGCUCUCAGCCUGCCAGGCGUGGUGGACAUCAUUACCGCAGAUCAUCUUCAGGACGCAAACACCUUCACAAACCCCUUCGCCCCAGAGUACCCAGAGACAUUCCUGGCCGCAGAUGAGGUACAUUGCGUGGGCCAGCUUGUCUGUGCCGUGGUUGCGGAUUCUCAGACGCGGGCGAAACAAGCGGCCGAGCGAGUGAAGGUUGUCUACCAAGACUUGGAGCCGCCGAUUCUAACUAUUGAGGAAGCUAUACAGCACAAGUCCUUCUUUGGGCCAGAAAGGAAACUGGAGUGUGGGGAUAUUGAUGAAGCAUUUAAAAUGGUUGACCAAAUUCUUGAAGGUGAAAUACAUAUAGGAGGUCAGGAACAUUUUUAUAUGGAAACCCAAAGCAUGCUGGUUGUUCCCAAAGGAGAGGAUGGAGAAAUUGACGUCUACGUGUCCACACAGUUUCCCACAUACAUACAGGAUAUAGUUGCCUCUACCUUGAAGCUCUCAGUCAAUAAGGUCAUGUGUCACGUACGGCGUGUCGGUGGGGCGUUUGGAGGAAAGGUGGGCAAAACCGGUAUCAUGGCAGCCAUCACCGCGUUCACCGCCAGCAAACAUGGCUGUGCAGUCCGCUGCAUUCUGGAACGAGGAGAAGACAUGCUCAUAACUGGAGGCCGCCACCCCUACCUCGGGAAGUAUAAGGCUGGAUUCAUGAACGAUGGCAGAAUCUUGGCCCUGGACGUGGAACAUUAUUGCAAUGGAGGGCACUCUCUGGAUGAGUCCUUGUGGGUGAUAGACAUGGGACUUCUGAAGAUGGACAACGCUUACAAGUUUCCCAACCUACGCUGCCGGGGCCGGGUCUGCAAAACCAACCUUCCAUCCAACACGGCUUUGCGUGGGUUUGGCUUCCCUCAGGCAGGGCUCAUCACCGAAGCCUGUAUCACAGAAGUGGCAGUCCAGUGUGGCCUGUCCCCCGAGCAGGUUCGAACCAUAAAUAUGUACAAGGAAAUCGACAUUACCCACUACAAGCAAGAGCUCAGUGCCAAGACCCUCACUGAGUGCUGGAGAGAAUGCAUGGCCAAGUCUUCCUACUCCCUGAGGAAAACAGCUGUAGGGAAAUUCAACGCAGAGAAUUCCUGGAAGAAGAGGGGGCUGGCCAUGAUUCCCCUGAAGUUUCCUGUGGGUCUGGGCUCAGUAGCCAUGGGACAGGCAGCUGCCCUGGUUCACAUUUAUCUCGAUGGCUCUGUACUGGUCACUCACGGUGGGAUUGAGAUGGGACAGGGUGUCCACACUAAAAUGAUUCAGGUGGUCAGCCGUGAAUUAAGGAUGCCGAUGUCCAACGUCCACCUGCGUGGGACAAGCACAGAAACCGUCCCCAACGCUAAUGCCUCUGGAGGGUCUGUGGUGGCGGACCUCAAUGGACUCGCAGUAAAGGAUGCCUGCCAGACUCUUCUAAAACGCCUCGAACCCAUCAUCAACAAGAAUCCUCACGGAACGUGGAAGGAUUGGGCACAGACUGCUUUUGACCAGAGCAUCAGUCUCUCAGCUGUUGGAUAUUUCAGGGGUUACGAGGCAGACAUGAACUGGGAGAAGGGGGAAGGCCAUCCCUUUGAGUAUUUUGUGUAUGGAGCUGCCUGCACAGAGGUUGAGAUAGAUUGUCUGACUGGGAACCAUAAGACUAUCAGAACAGACAUUGUGAUGGAUGUUGGCAACAGCAUAAACCCAGCCCUUGACAUAGGCCAGGUUGAAGGCGCGUUUAUUCAAGGAAUGGGACUCUACACGAUAGAGGAGCUGAGUUACUCUCCUCAGGGUGUUCUGUACAGCCGCGGCCCAAACCAGUACAAAAUCCCUGCCAUUUGUGACAUCCCCACAGAGAUGCACAUUUCUUUUUUGCCCCCAUCCGAACACUCAAACACCUUAUAUUCAUCUAAGGGUCUGGGAGAGUCUGGGGUCUUCCUGGGAUGUUCGGUAUUUUUUGCCAUCCGUGAGGCCGUGAGCGCGGCUCGGCAGGAGAGAGGCAUCUCCAGACCACUGAGGCUCGGGAGUCCACUGACUCCAGAGAAGAUCCGAAUGGCCUGUGAGGAUAAGUUCACAAAAAUGAUUCCAAGAGAUGAACCUGGAUCCUAUGUUCCCUGGAACAUACCUGUGUGAGUCAAAUGCGAACUCUGGAGGGACCGGGUCAACGCUGCUGCAGAAUGCGCCUCCCGGUCUCUCUGCUCCUAGCCUCGAACUAUAAAAGCCAGAUUUUCACAGCCCAGAAUCAUCCACAGCAUUGCUUUACACGAAGCUGAUUUGGAAGUUUCGCCUCAACAUACUCCAGACAUACCUAAGCAAUCACAAAUCAUAUUUUAAAUUGCACAAAUAUUAAAUUGUUUCCUUUGAGGUGGUUUCAUUCAUUUAUUCAUUAUUCUGUCCCUUGGAUCUGUCCAGCUAAAUAUGACCACUUGUCUGUGGCUCGCUUUUGGUUUGUAUACUCCAGCAAAAGUUAUAUUAUCUAAUGAAUGACGAUUUUAUAAAUAAUUUCUUCCCUGUU